CACGUCCGAGCCAGAGAAGGAAGGGGACCUCCCAACCGGGAUUCCACUGCUCGCGGUAGUCGCCGGCUGUCGGGGGAGGUGGCACCGAGCUGGUAAUACCGGUGGGGGCAAACAUGUGCACGAACAGCUAGAGGCCUCGGGGCAGGUGAACAUUUGGUCCAAGUGUAGCGAGGCAAGGACUGUGUCUGGGACCAUGACAGCCUCCCGCCUGGACUUCGGGGAGGUGGAAACUUUCUUGGACAGACACCCAGAGUUGUUUGAAGAUUAUUUGAUGCGCAAGGGGAAGCAGGAGAUGGUGGAAAAGUGGCUACAGAGGCGCAAUCAGGGUCAGGGGGCUUUAGGCCCGGGGCCCGCUUUGGCUGGCACCAGCAGCCUGGCUCACAGCACUGGCACUGGCAGAAGUGGCAGCAGCGCUGGUGAUGGCACUGGACCAAAUGACUCUGCCAACUGCCAGCCUGCUCCUGGUGGCGGGGACUGUGGUGGGGUGCCCCUGAGUCCUGCCUGGGCCAGUAGCAGCCGGGGAGAUGGGAGCCUACAGCGGAGAGCUUCUCAGAAGGAGCUAAGGAAGAGUUUUGCCCGCUCCAAGGCCAUCCAUGUGAACAGGACCUACGAUGAGCAGGUGACCUCCCGGGCCCAAGAGCCCCUGAGCAGUGUCCGGCGGAGGGCCCUUCUCCGGAAAGCCAGCUCCCUGCCCCCCACCACAGCCCACAUUCUCAGUGCACUGCUGGAAUCAAGAGUGAAUCUGCCUCAGUACCCCCCUACGGCCAUCGACUACAAGUGCCACCUUAAAAAGCAUAACGAGCGUCAGUUCUUCCUGGAACUGGUCAAAGACAUCUCCAAUGACCUUGACCUCACCAGCCUAAGCUACAAGAUCCUCAUCUUUGUCUGCCUCAUGGUGGAUGCUGAUCGCUGCUCUCUCUUCCUGGUGGAAGGGGCAGCUGCUGGCAAGAAGAGCCUGGUUUCCAAAUUCUUUGAUGUGCAUGCAGGAACCCCACUGCUGCCUUGCAGCAGCACAGAGAACUCAAAUGAGGUGCAGGUCCCCUGGGGCAAAGGCAUCAUUGGCUAUGUCGGGGAGCAUGGAGAAACGGUCAACAUUCCUGAUGCCUACCAGGAUCGAAGAUUCAAUGAUGAAAUUGACAAGCUAACUGGUUACAAGACAAAAUCAUUAUUGUGUAUGCCUAUCCGAAGCAGUGAUGGUGAAAUUAUUGGGGUGGCCCAAGCGAUAAAUAAAAUUCCCGAAGGUGCUCCGUUUACUGAAGAUGAUGAAAAAGUUAUGCAGAUGUAUCUUCCAUUCUGUGGAAUUGCCAUCUCUAAUGCUCAGCUCUUUGCUGCCUCAAGGAAAGAAUAUGAAAGAAGUAGGGCUUUGCUAGAGGUGGUUAAUGAUCUCUUUGAAGAGCAGACUGACCUGGAGAAAAUUGUCAAGAAAAUAAUGCACCGAGCCCAAACUCUGUUGAAAUGUGAGCGCUGUUCUGUUUUACUCCUAGAGGACAUUGAAUCACCAGUGGUGAAAUUUACCAAAUCCUUUGAAUUGAUGUCCCCAAAGUGCAGCGCUGAUGCUGAAAACAGCUUCAAAGAAAGCAUGGAGAAAUCCUCAUACUCCGACUGGCUAAUAAAUAACAGCAUUGCCGAGCUGGUUGCUUCCACAGGCCUUCCCGUGAACAUCAGCGAUGCCUACCAGGACCCGCGCUUUGAUGCCGAGGCUGACCACAUAUCCGGUUUUCACAUAAGAUCUGUUCUCUGUGUACCUAUAUGGAAUAGCAAUCACCAAAUAAUUGGCGUGGCUCAAGUAUUAAACAGACUUGACGGGAAACCUUUUGAUGAUGCAGAUCAACGACUUUUUGAGGCUUUUGUCAUCUUUUGUGGCCUCGGCAUCAACAACACAAUCAUGUACGAUCAGGUGAAGAAGUCCUGGGCCAAGCAGUCUGUGGCUCUUGACGUGCUAUCAUAUCAUGCAACAUGUUCAAAAGCUGAAGUUGACAAGUUUAAGGCCGCCAACAUCCCUCUGGUGUCAGAACUUGCCAUUGAUGACAUUCACUUUGACGACUUUUCGCUCGAUGUUGAUGCCAUGAUCACGGCUGCUCUCCGCAUGUUCAUGGAACUUGGGAUGGUACAGAAAUUUAAAAUCGACUAUGAGACACUGUGUAGGUGGCUUUUGACAGUGAGAAAAAAUUACCGAAUGGUUCUAUACCACAACUGGAGACACGCCUUCAACGUGUGCCAACUGAUGUUUGCGAUGUUAACUACUGCUGGGUUUCAAGAGAUUCUGACCGAGGUGGAAAUUUUAGCUGUGAUUGUGGGAUGCCUGUGUCAUGACCUCGACCACAGGGGAACCAACAAUGCCUUCCAAGCUAAGAGCGGCUCGGCCCUGGCCCAACUCUAUGGAACCUCUGCUACCUUAGAGCAUCACCACUUUAACCACGCUGUGAUGAUCCUUCAAAGUGAGGGUCAUAACAUCUUUGCUAAUUUGUCCUCCAAGGAAUAUAGUGACCUUAUGCAGCUUUUGAAGCAGUCAAUAUUGGCAACAGAUCUCACGCUGUACUUUGAGAGGAGAACUGAAUUCUUUGAACUUGUCAGUAAGGGAGAAUAUGAUUGGAACAUCAAAAACCACCGUGAUAUAUUUCGAUCAAUGUUAAUGACAGCCUGUGACCUUGGAGCCGUGACCAAACCGUGGGAGAUCUCGAGACAGGUGGCUGAACUUGUAACUAGUGAAUUCUUUGAACAAGGAGAUCGGGAGAGAUCGGAACUCAAACUCACUCCUUCUGCUAUUUUUGAUCGGAACCGGAAAGAUGAACUGCCUCGGUUGCAACUGGAGUGGAUUGACAGCAUCUGCAUGCCUUUGUAUCAGGCAUUGGUGAAGGUCAAUGUGAAACUGAAGCCAAUGCUAGAUUCAGUGGCUGCAAACAGAAGUAAGUGGGAAGAAUUGCACCAAAAAAGGCUGUCCAUCUCGGCUGCCUCUCCCUCCCCUACCAGCCUCCUGGUGGCCAAGGAGAACAGAAACUAAACCUUCUAGUCAGCUGCUACUACAAAAUGCUGCCUGAAGGGCCAGCUUUGGUCCAGCCACAUCAUCCUUUAGUUCUUUUAGCUCCGAAAGAUGUAAAGUCUCAGGGAUGCACUUGAGGAGCAUACCUGGGCUUUCACCUUGAAAUGUAGUCAGCUGCAGAGAGAGAGACAGGAAGGAUAAAGGAGGAGGUGGGGCCAGGGGUGUACCCAAGAACCUCAGCUCUCCCGAUGAACACACACAGGCUGAGAUGACGACGGGGCAGAAGACUGUCUGGGAUUCAAGGAUCUGAGGACAAUCAGGCCUGCUCCAUCUGAGCUGAGAGAACACUGAACAGUGAAAGCAUCAUUAGCACUGCUUCGUUUUAUAAGUGGCUCUUCUAUUUGUUAUAAACCUAACACUACCUGCCUUUGCGUCUUUUCCACAAGCCCCCUUUUGUGCCAGACUGUCCCAAGAAUCCUGAUUUGUAUCCUAUAGAAGUAUUUUAUUUUUAAUUCUAAUGCUUUUUAAUGAUGGAUAAGAACCUUUAGAAUUGCCUACCUAAAAGAUAAACUAUACUAUAAAUACCAACUAAUGCCAAUUUUCUUUCAAAAAUGCCCAUAGUAGAAAUACAGCAAAUGUGUUUAUCCGAUUGAUAUUGAUACAGGAUUUAUAAUUCUACACUUGGAUUCUGGUCCCCUUUUUCAGAGAUUUUCUAAUUCAGCCUUCAUUAGAGACCAAGCCUUCUCCCAGAAGGAAUGGAUUAAUAGACUUUAAUUAAAGUAAGAAUGAAAGGAAAUCUAUAGUUGGAUUUACCACAGGUGACAGAAGAACAUCUAGAAACCAUUUUCGACAAUGGAAGAGAUUUCACGGGACACAGCAGCGCCAUGAAGACUGAGCAUUUAUUACCCUGAGUUUUGGUAUAAAAUCUAAGGUUCUACCAGUAACUAACUUAAAGCCAAACGUAUAGGUCCUCCAUUUGAAAUUUUCCUUAGGUAUAAGAAAUAAUGCUUUAAGAUUAAGAAGUAAGAGUCUGGGAUGCAGCUGUAAUAGUACGUGCUGGCUGAUGCUGCUACACAGAAGUCUGAGGCCACAUGAGAGGCACAGGUUCAACUCUUUUCCCACCCUAAAAGCCAUGUGUGGUGACAUGAACCUGAAGUCCCAGCUACUCAGCCAGAGACUCACAACAUAGUGAGAAUCUGUCCAAAAGAAAAAACAGCCUGGGCAGAGAACACAUAUUCUAUAGGAAGUCACAUAAGAAUAAACUGUAGUCUAUAGAUACAAUGACUAGAAAUCUGUCUAUAGAUACAAUAACUAGAAAGCUACUGUGCUUCCCAUUUUACCUGAGAGAUUGAUGACAUGGCCUAUUUUAUCCAAAGAAUGCUGACCGAGAAGAUAAGACUUCUAUCUCUACCUUUGACACAAUCAACUGGAUGACUUUGGACAAGUCAUCCAUCUCUGAGCUUAGUUUCUCACAUGAAAUGAGAUUAUGCAAGUAGAUGAUGCUCAAACAUGUUUUAACCUUAGAGUUCUUCAUUCAAAUAAACCUUUCAAAGAAUCCCCAAGAAAGAAAACAUCUAAAAGCUCAAGUCCUCUGUUUGAAGCAGGGCUUGAGAUCCAGAGCCCCCACACAUUUUCAUCUUUUUAAUUACAUACAUGGUGGUCCACAAAAGGAUUCUGAGGAGUUUGACAAUCCUUGGACUAGGUAAAACCUGAGGUCCA